AUGGCGCUCGUCGGCCUGAACGCGGCGGCCGACCAGCUGCAGAUAGCGCGCGAGUUCGCGGUGCUCGGCGACUACGACACCGCGCGGGUCUACUACCAGGGCGUGCUCACCCAGGUCUCGAGGCACGUGAACAACACGGAGCUCGAUGCCGGCGCGGAUCCGUUUCGCGUGGGACGGUGGCGCGCGGUCCAGCGGCAGCUCACCGACGAGCUCGAGGCUGUGACGAACCUGGAUGGCGAGCGAGGGAUGGACGAGGAGGAAGCCAUGUGGCGCGGCGGCGGCCGCGCGCGCAAGGAGAACCGCGCGCCCUCGCCCGAACGCGACCCCGACGUGUGGAGCGCCCCGACCCCGAGGGACUCGCCCGCCAAGGCGCCCCCGCGGCGCGACGACUCCAGGCUUCCCGCGUGGGCUCGAAGGGACCCGGGAUCCAACGGUGCCCACUCGUCAAACGAACCGGGUCGGGGCGUCAAGAAGAAGCCAGCUCGCGGCGGACCCGACGCCGCGCUGGCGGAGAAUCUCCGCCGAGACAUCCUCGAAGCGUCGCCCUCGGUGCGAUGGGACGACAUCGCGGGACUAAACGACGCCAAGCGGCUGCUGGAGGAGGCGGUGGUGCUGCCGCUGUGGAUGCCAGAGUACUUUCGCGGUAUCCGUCGGCCGUGGAAGGGGGUGCUGAUGUUCGGACCACCCGGCACGGGGAAGACGAUGCUCGCGAAAGCCGUCGCCACCGAGUGCGGCACCACGUUUUUCAACAUAUCGUCGUCCACGCUGGCGUCCAAGUACCGCGGCGAGAGCGAGCGCAUGGUUCGCAUCCUCUUCGACCUGGCGCGUCACCACGCCCCGUCCACCAUCUUCAUCGACGAGAUCGACUCGCUGUGCACGAGCCGGGGCGCCAGCGGCGAGCACGAGGCAUCGAGGCGGGUCAAGUCGGAGUUUCUCGUGCAGAUCGACGGGUGCAGCGCCGUCGACGAUUCAAACGACGAUUCAUCUUCCGACGGUGACGGUUCGGGCGGAAAGAAGGUGAUGGUGCUCGCGGCGACGAACUUCCCGUGGGACAUCGACGAGGCCCUGAGGCGUCGACUGGAGAAGAGGAUCUACAUCCCGCUGCCGGAUGCCGAGGCGAGGAACGCUCUGGUGAACAUCAACGUGCGAGGCGUCGAGGUGGCGCCGGACGUGGACUUCGACGCGCUCGCGAGGCGAACCGAGGGGUACUCGGGCGACGACAUCACCAACGUGUGCAGGGACGCGGCCAUGAACGGGAUGCGGCGGAAGAUUGUGGGUAAGAGACCCGAGGAGAUACGGGCCAUGUCGAAAGAGGAGGUGGCCGCGCCCAUCACGAUGGAGGACAUGAACGAGGCGCUCAAGCGGAUCCAGCCCAGCGUCGCGAGGGAGGACGUGGAGCGACACCUGGAGUGGCUCGCGGAGUUCGGCAGCACGUAA